AUGCGGUUCGACGAUUUUGCUAGCGGACGCUCUAGAUACCAAUGGGGCAACAUGGUAUUGAAAUUCCAGGGCCCCGAAGGAUUGAGGUCGCUUGCAAAUAUUUAUCGUGCGGUAACACUUUCCGUCGGUUGCUCUCAGCAGACUUGCAACGACAAAGCCACCGCCGUGUGUUUCUUUAGCAAACCUGAGCUCAAGAUGGGUCAGUUGAUAUACAAAGCAGGUACGCCUUGUGCAACAGAUAAAGAUUGCACGACGUAUCCCCGAUCAACGUGCAAUGUUACUGAAACAUUAUGCCAAGUUCCAAGUUUCGAAACUGUUCCUGCAGGUAAAAGCGAUCAGUGCUCCAGCAACACAGGAAUGACAGACAGCCUGAGAGAGCACUUCCUCAAAAUGCAUAAUUUCCGUAGGUUAGUGUACAACUACUCAAAAAGUGUUUCUCCUAGCUAUGUAAGAUAUUUCAUUCAGAUCAAAUAUGGCUCUGGGAAAAUGAAAAAAUUCAAUGGCAAGUUCUUCAAAAAGGCCGCCGACAUGGAGAAGAUGGAGUAUGACUGCGACCUGGAAGCUGACGCAAUGAUCUACGCUGAAACAUGUGCACUUGUGCCGUCCUAUCCUGGCACUAGGAAGGGUCAGGGAGAGAACGUAGCUGUGGUGGAGCCUCAGAGUGCGGAAAGUUACGACAAAGCUGCUCAAUGGGCCAUGCGAUCGUGGUUCAGACCGAUUAGGGAAGACGGCGUCAUUGGAGUUAGAAAAGUCAUAUUC